AUGGAGCAGCCUCCAGGCAGCAGUGCGGUGUCCUCACUAGUGGAGGCCGCUCUGCAGGACGCUGUGCUCGCCUGCAGGGACGUCUGGGUCCCGGGAGAAGACUGCCUCUGCCCGGACACUCGGAGCAUCCAGAGCGCCCUGGUACUGGACAUCCAGGCGGUAUACGCGGAGCUGCUGACCGAGCUGCAGUGCCUCCGUGCCCGUGUGCAGCAGUUGGAGCCAGCAGAGCCUUCAGCAGAGCCCCCAGCAGAGCCUUCAGCAGAGCCCCCAGCAGAGCCUUCAGCAGAGCCCCCAGCAGAGCCUUCAGCAGAGCCUUCAGCAGAGCCCCCAGCAGAGCCCCCAGCAGAGCCUUCAGCAGAGCCUUCAGCAGAGCCUUCAGCAGAGCCCCCAGCAGAGCCUUCAGCAGAGCCUUCAGCAGAGCCUUCAGCAGAGCCUUCAGCAGAGCCUUCAGCAGAGCCCCCAGCAGAGGACAGGCGGCCUGGAACGGAGCUCUGCAGCUCCGGGGGACAUGAAGGCGUGCUUCUACAGGACGGCUCUCUGCUGGAGGCUCCUGUGCUGUUUGUGUCCACUCACCCAGAGUCACCAGAGCUACAGCAGCUGACCAGUCUCAACAGUCCGAUUGUAUUUGACUGCUCAGCUACUGAGAGACUGAAAAGAAAAAGAGAAGCCACUUCAAAAAAAUACAAAGGUGCUGAGGCUGAGGCUGAGGCUGAGGCUGAGGCUGAGGAGGAGGUGGAGGAGCAGGAGCAGGAGGUGGAGGAGGAGGUGGUGGAGGAGGAGGAGGCUGGCCCUGUAGAGGUGCUGGCCAGUAGAGUGUCAGGGAGGACUCUGAAGCCUGUGAUGCGCUACUUUUGUGACUUCUGUAACUUGGGCUUUCACUGGAAAGGAGACUUAAACAAGCACAUCAAGGUGCACCUGAAAUCCUACUACUGUGAGCAGUGUGAGCACUCAUUUGCAGACGCGGAUUCUCUGGAGAAACAUGCGCAGAGUCAUGCAGAGGUGAGGGAGCCGCUGCCCUUCCCCUGCCCCCACUGUAAGAGGGCCUUCAGGAAGGAGCACUCCUUACACAGCCACAUGGCCCGGCACCAGCAGGGCCCCCCCAAACCCUUCAUCUGCCAGCCGUGUGGCCGCAGCUUCAGACUGGAACAGAGUCUACGCAACCACUGGGUGCGCCAUCACAAGGAGGCGCUGGUGUUCCAGUGUGCACUUUGUGAGAAGACGUGUAAGAACUCUGUGCAGCUCCGCUGCCACAUGGUGGUGCACUCCGAGGAGAGGCCCUACAGCUGUGCCACCUGUGGCAAACUCUUCAAGAGCAAAGACACACUGCGCUUCCACCAGAUGGUUCACACCAGCGCCAAGAAGUAUAAGUGCUCUGAGUGCGAGGAGAGCUUUAAACUGCAAGCCCAUCAGAAGUUUGUCCAUGCUAACCGGGAGGAGGACGGGCUGCAGCCUCCUGGGGAGCGGCGCAGAAAAAAGGAUGUGGAGAAGGCCUUCAACUGUAAAGGCUUCUCCGACUCUCGCCAGCUCAAGAAGCACAGCUGCCACGGCUCAUAA